AUGCCUCCCCUCUCUCCCUCACACUGGACCCCCUCAUCUCCCUCACACCGGCCCCACCGCUCCCUCACACUCGGACCCCCCUCUCUCCCUCACACCUGGGCCCCCUCUCUCCCUCACACUGGACCCCUCUCUCCCUCACACGGGCCCCCCUCUCUCACACACUCGCACCCCCUCUCCCUCACAGCGCCCGCCCUCUCGCUCCUCACUGGGGACCCCCUCUCUCCUCCCUCACACGGGCCCCUCUCUUCCCUCACACUGGCUCCCCCUCUCUUCCCCACACUGGAUCACUCUCUCCCCUACGGCCCCCUCGCUUCUCCCUCACCUCCCCUCUGUCCUCUCAUGCCCCACACCACCUCGGAGACACCCCCUCUCAUGCCUUUCCCUCACAGCGCCCCCUCUCUCCCUCACACUGGCCCCCUCACUCUCACGACCCCUCUCUCCCUCACACUGGACCCCCACUCUCUCCCUCUACUCGUGGCACCCCUCUCUUCCCUCACACUGGACCCCCCCUCUCUCCCUCACACGGGCGGACCCCCUCUCUCCCUCACCCACUGGACCCCUCUCCUUCCCUCACACACUGGACCCCCUCUCUCCCCUCACACUGGAACCCCCUCUCUCCCUCACACUCGAACUGCCCCCUCUCGCCCUCACACUGGACCCCCUCUCUCCCUCACAUCCGGAACCCCUCCCUCUCCGUCCCUCACACUGGACCCCUCUCUCUCCCUACGACACUGCGACCCCCUCUCUCCCUCACACCGGACCCCCUCUCUCUCUCCUCACAUCAGACCCCCCUCUCCCCCUCACACUGGAACCCCCACUCUCUCCCCACACUGGACCCCCUCUCUCCCUCACAACUGGACCCCCUCUCUCCCCUCACACUGGACCCCCUUACUCCCACACACACUGGGGCUCCCUCUCUCACUCACAGUGGGGCCCCUCUCUCACUCACACUGGCGGCCCUGUCUCGCUCUCUCUGGGGCCCCUCUCUCCCUCACACUGGGGCCCCUCUCUCCCUCACACUGGGGCCCCUCUCUCCCUCACACAGCAGCCCCUCUCUCCCUCACACAGCAGCCCCUCUCUCCCUCACACAGCAGCCCCUCUCUCCUUCACACAGCAGCCCUCUCUCCCUGGGGCCCCUGUCUCGCUCUCUCUGGGGCCCCUCUCUCCCUCACAGCGGCCCUGUCUCACUCACACUGGGGCCCCUCUCUCCCUCACAGCGGCCCUCCACCGUGCCGCCCCCUGGACACUGGACCCCCUCUCUCCCUCACACUGGGCCCCCUCUCUCCCUCACACUGGGCCCCCUCUCUCCCUCACACCGGGCCCCCUCUCUCCCUCACACUGGGCCCCCUCUCUCCCUCACACUCGGACCCCCCUCUCCCUCACAGCGGCCCUGUCUCGCUCUCACUGGGGCCCCUCUCGCCUCCACACUGGACCCCCUCUCUUCCUCACACCGGACCCCCUCUCUCCCUCACACUGGCCCCCCUCUCUCCCCCACACUCGAACCCCCCUCUCCCUCACACUGGACCCCCUCUCUCCCUCACACUGGACCCCCUCUCUCCCUCACACUGGACCCCCUCUCUCCCUCACACUGGGGCCCCUCUCUCUCUCACAAUCGGACCCCCUCUCCCUCACACUGGACCCCCUCUCUCCCUCACACAGGGACCCCCUCUCUCCCUCUGGACCCCCUCUCUUCUCACACUCGGACCUCACACUGGACCCCCCUCUCCCUCACACUGGACCCCCCUCUCCCCCACACUGUACCCCUCUCUCCCUCACACAUGGGCCCCCUCUCUCCCUCACACUGGACCCCCUCUCUUCCUCACACUCGGACCCCCCUCUCCCUCACACUGGACCCCCCUCUCCCCCACACUGACCCCCUCUCUCCCUCACACAUGGGCCCCCUCUCUCCCUCACACUGGGCCCCCUCUCUCCCUCACACUGGACCCCUCUCUUCCUCACACUGGACCCCCUCUCUCCCUCACACUCGGACCCCCCUCUCCCUCACACUGGGGGCCCCUCUCUCCCUCACACUGGGGCCCUCUCUCCCUCACACUGGACCCCCUCUCUUCCUCACACUGGGACCCCUCUCUCCCUCACACUGGACCCCCUCUCUCCCUCACACUGGACCCCCUCUCUCCCUCACACCGGGCCCCCUCUCUUCCUCACACUGGACCCCCUCCUCUCUCUCACUCACACUGGACCCCCUCUCUCCCUCACACCGGGCCCCCUCUCUUCCUCACACUGGACCCCCUCUCUCCCUCACACUGGACCCCCUCUCUCCUCCACACUGGACCCCCCCUCUCCCUCACACUGGACCCCCCUCUCCCUCACACUGGACCCCCUCUCUCCCUCACACUGGACCCCCUCUCUCCCUCACACUGGACCCCCUCUCUCCCUCACACUGGACCCCCUCUCUCCCUCACACUGGAACCCCCCUCUCUCCCUCACACUGGAACCCCCUCUCUCCCUCACACUGGACCCCCUCUCUCCCUCACACUGGACCCCCCUCUCUCCCUCACACUGGAACCCCUCUCUCCCUCACACUGGACCCCCUCUCUCCCUCACACUGGAACCCCCUCUCUCCCUCACACUGGACCCCCUCUCCCUCACACUGGAACCCCCUCUCUCCCUCACACUGGACCCCCUCUCUCCCUCACACUGGAACCCCCUCUCUCCCUCACACUGGACCCCCUCUCUCCCUCACCCCCCCUCUCUCCCUCACACUGGACCCCCUCUCUCCCUCACACUCGGACCCCCUCUCUCCCUCACACUGGACCCCCUCUCCCUCACACUGGGACCCCUCUCUCCCUCACACUGGGCCCCCCUCUCCCUCACACUGGACCCCCCUCUCCUCCACACUGGACCCCCUCUCUCCCUCACACUGGACCCCCCUCUCCCUCCACACUGGACCCCCCUCUCUCCCUCACACUGGACCCCCUCUCUCCCUCACACUGGACCCCCUCUCUCCCUCACACUGGACCCCCUCUCUCCCUCACACCGGGCCCCCUCUCUCCUCCACACUGGACCCCCUCUCUCCCUCACACUGGACCCCCUCUCUCCCUCCCUCACACUGGACCCCCUCUCUCCCUCACACUGGGCCCCCUCUCUCCCUCACACUGGACCCCCUCUCUCCCUCACACUCGGACCCCCUCUCUCCCUCACACCGGGCCCCCUCUCUCCUCACACUGGACCCCCUCUCUCCCUCACACUGGACCCCCUCUCUCCCUCACACUCGGGCCCCCUCUCUCCCUCACACUGGGACCCCUCUCUCCCCCACACUCGGACCCCCUCUCUCCCUCACACUGGAACCCCUCUCUCCCUCACACUGGGACCCCUCUCUCCCUCACACUCGGACCCCCUCUCUCCCUCACACUGGACCCCCCUCUCCCUCACACUGGAACCCCUCUCUCCUCCACACUGGAACCCCUCUCUCCCUCACACUGGACCCCCUCUCUCCCUCACACCGGACCCCCUCUCUCCCUCACACUGGACCCCCUCUCUCCCUCACACCGGGCCCCCUCUCUCCCUCACACUCGGACCCCCCUCUCCCCCACACUGUACCCCUCUCUCCCUCCAACUGGGCCCCCUCUCUCCCUCACACUCGGACCCCCCUCUCCCUCACACUCGGACCCCCUCUCUUCCUCACACUGGACCCCCCUCUCUUCCUCACACUGGACCCCCUCUCUCCCUCACACUGGACCCCCUCUCUCCCUCACACUGGACCCCCUCUCUCCCUCACACUGGACCCCCUCUCUCCCUCACACUGGGCCCCCUCUCUCCCUCACACUGGGACCCCCUCUCUCCCCCACACUCGGACCCCCUCUCUCCCUCACACUGGAACCCCUCUCUCCCUCACACUGGGACCCCUCUCUCCCUCACACUCGGACCCCCUCUCUCCCUCACACUGGACCCCCUCUCCCUCACACUGGAACCCCUCUCUCCUCCACACUGGAACCCCCUCUCUCCCUCACACUGGACCCCCUCUCUCCCUCACACCGGACCCCCUCUCUCCCUCACACUGGACCCCCCUCUCUCCCUCACACCGGGCCCCCUCUCUCCCUCACACUCGGACCCCCCUCUCCCCCACACUGUACCCCUCUCUCCCUCCACACUGGGCCCCCUCUCUCCCUCACACUGGACCCCCCUCUCCCUCACACUCGGACCCCCUCUCUUCCUCACACUGGACCCCCCUCUCUUCCUCACACUGGACCCCCCUCUCUCCCUCACACUGGACCCCCUCUCUCCCUCACACUGGACCCCCUCUCUCCCCUCACACUGGACCCCCUCUCUCCCUCACACCGGGCCCCCUCUCUCCUCCACACUGGACCCCCUCUCUCCCUCACACUGGACCCCCUCUCUCCCUCACACUGGACCCCCCUCUCCCUCACACUGGAACCCCCCUCUCUCCCUCACACUGGACCCCCUCUCUCCCUCACACUGGAACCCCCCUCUCUCCCUCACACUGGACCCCCUCUCUCCCUCACACUGGAACCCCCCUCUCUCCCUCACACUGGACCCCCUCUCUCCCCUCACACUCGGACCCCCUCUCUCCCUCACACUGGACCCCCUCUCCCUCACACUGGAACCCCUCUCUCCCUCACACUGGACCCCCCUCUCCCUCACACUGGACCCCCCUCUCCUCCACACUGGACCCCCCUCUCCCUCACACUGGACCCCCCUCUCCUCCACACUGGACCCCCCUCUCUCCCUCACACUGGACCCCCUCUCUCCCUCACACUGGACCCCCUCUCUCCCUCACACUGGACCCCCUCUCUCCCUCACACCGGGGCCCCUCUCUCCUCUCACACUGGACCCCCUCUCUCCCUCACACUGGACCCCCUCUCUCCCUCACACUGGGACCCCCUCUCUCCCUCACACCGGGCCCCCUCUCUUCCUCACACUCGGACCCCCUCUCUUCCUCACACUCGGACCCCCUCUCUCCCUCACACCGGGCCCCCUCUCUUCCUCACACUGGACCCCCUCUCUCCCUCACACUGGACCCCCUCUCUCCCUCACACUGGACCCCCUCUCUUCCUCACACUGGACCCCCUCUCUCCCUCACACUGGACCCCCUCUCUCCCUCACACUGGAACCCCCCUCUCUCCCUCACACUGGAACCCCUCUCUCCCUCACACUCGAACCCUCCUCUCUCCCUCACACUGGACCCCCUCUCUCCCUCACACUGGAACCCCUCUCUCCCUCACACUGGACCCCCUCUCUCCCUCACACUGGAACCCCCCUCUCUCCCUCACACUGGACCCCCCUCUCCCUCACACUGGAACCCCCCUCUCUCCCUCACACUGGACCCCCUCUCUCCCUCACACUGGAACCCCCCUCUCUCCCUCACACUGGACCCCCUCUCUCCCUCACACUGGAACCCCCCUCUCUCCCUCACACUGGACCCCCUCUCUCCCUCACACUCGGACCCCCUCUCUCCCUCACACUGGACCCCCUCUCCCUCACACUGGAACCCCUCUCUCCUCCACACUGGAACCCCUCUCUCCCUCACACUGGACCCCCUCUCUCCCUCACACCGGGCCCCCUCUCUCCCUCACACUGGGACCCCUCUCUCCCCCACACUCGGACCCCCUCUCUCCCUCACACUGGACCCCCUCUCUCCCUCACACUGGGACCCCUCUCUCCCUCACACUCGGACCCCCUCUCUCCCUCACACUGGACCCCCUCUCCCUCACACUGGAACCCCUCUCUCCUCCACACUGGAACCCCUCUCUCCCUCACACUGGACCCCCUCUCUCCCUCACACCGGACCCCCUCUCUCCCUCACACUGGACCCCCUCUCUCCCUCACACCGGGCCCCCUCUCUCCCUCACACUCGGACCCCCCUCUCCCCCACACUGUACCCCUCUCUCCCUCCAACUGGGCCCCCUCUCUCCCUCACACUCGGACCCCCCUCUCCCUCACACUGGACCCCCUCUCUCCCUCACACUGGACCCCCUCUCUCCCUCACACCGGGCCCCCUCUCUCCCUCACACUCGGACCCCCUCUCUCCCUCACACUGGACCCCCUCUCUCCCUCACACUGGAACCCCUCUCUCCCUCACACUCGGACCCCCUCUCUCUCCUCCACACUGGACCCCCUCUCUCCCUCACACUGGGCCCCCUCUCUCCCUCACACUGGACCCCCUCUCUUCCUCACACUCGGGACCCCCUCUCUUCCUCACACUGGACCCCCUCUCUCCCUCACACUGGACCCCCUCUCUCCCUCACACUGGACCCCCUCUCUCCCUCACACUGGACCCCCUCUCUCCCUCACACCGGGCCCCCUCUCUCCUCCACAGUGGACCCCCUCUCUCCCUCACACUGGACCCCUCUCUCCCUCACACUGGACCCCCUCUCUCCCUCACACUGGACCCCCUCUCUCCCUCACACUGGACCCCCUCUCUCCCUCACACCGGGCCCCCUCUCUUCCUCACACUGGACCCCCUCUCUUCCUCACACUGGACCCCCUCUCUCCCUCACACUGGACCCCCUCUCUCCCUCACACUGGACCCCCUCUCUCCCUCACACCGGGCCCCCUCUCUCCCUCACACUGGACCCCCUCUCUCCCAAAAUUAUGCCAUAUUUUUCUGCAAAUGUGGGGCCCCUCUCUCACUCACACUGGGGCCCCUCUCUCACUCACAGCGGCCCUGUCUCGCUCUCACUGGGGCCCCUCUCUCCCUCACACUGGGGCCCCUCUCUCCCUCACACUCGGACCCCCUCUCUCCCUCACACGGCAGUCUCCCCUCUCUCCCUCCACACUGGACCCCCUCUCUCCCUCACACAGGACCCCCUCUCUCCCUCACACUGGCCCCCCUCUCUCCCCCACACAGAACCCCCUCUCUCCCUCACACUGGACCCCCCUCUCCCUCACACUGGGGCCCCUCUCUCCCUCACACUGGACCCCCCUCUCCCUCACACUGGACCCCCUCUCCCUCACUGGGGCCCCUCUCUCCCUCACACUGGACCCCCUCUCUCCUCACACUGGGGCCCCCCUCUCCCUCACCUGACCCCCUCUCUCCCUCACACUGGGACCCCCUCUCCCCUCACACUGACCCCCUCUCUCCUCACACACUGGACCCCCUCUCUCCCUCACACUGGACCCCCUCUCUCCCUCACACUGGACCCCCUCUCUCUCCCUCACACUGGACCCCCUCUCUCCCUCACACUGGACCCCCUCUCUCCCUCACACUGGGACCCCCUCUCUCCCUCACACUGGACCCCCCUCUCUCCUCACACUGGACCCCCUCUCUCCCUCACACUCUCACACUGGACCCCCUCUCUCCCUCACACUGGACCCCCUCUCUCCCUCACACUGGACCCCCUCUCCCUCACACUCCCCCUCUCCCUCACACUGGACCCCCCUCUCCCUCACACUGACCCUCUCUCCCUCACACUGGACCCCCUCUCUCCCUCACACUGGACCCCCUCUCUCCCUCACACUGGACCCCCUCUCCCUCACACUGACCCCCUCUCUCCCUCACACUGGACCCCCCUCUCUCCCUCACACUGGAACCCCCCUCUCUCCUCACACUGGAACCCCCCUCUCUCCCUCACACUGGACCCCCUCUCUCCCUCACACUGGACCCCCCCUCACACUCCCCCCUCCCUCACACUGGACCCCCCUCUCUCCCUCACACUGGAACCCCCUCUCUCCCUCACACUGGACCCCCUCUCUCCCUCACACUGGACCCCCUCUCUCCCUCACACUGGACCCCCUCUCUCCCUCACACUGGACCCCCCUCUCUCCCUCACACUGGACCCCCUCUCUCCCUCACACUCGGACCCCCCUCUCCCUCACACUGGACCCCCUCUCUCCCUCACACUGGACCCCCCUCUCUCCCUCACACUGGACCCCCUCUCCCUCACACUGGAACCCCCUCUCCCUCACACUGGACCCCCCUCUCCCCUCACACUGGACCCCCCUCUCUCCCUCACACUGGACCCCCCUCUCUCCCUCACACUGGAACCCCCUCUCUCCCUCACACUGGACCCCCUCUCUCCCUCACACUGGACCCCCCCUCUCCCUCACACUGGACCCCCCUCUCUCCCUCACACUGGACCCCCCUCUCAACUCCCUCACACUGGACCCCCCUCUCUCCCUCACACUGGACCCCCUCUCUCCCUCACACUGGAACCCCCCUCUCUCCCUCACACUGGACCCCCUCUCUCCCUCACACUGGACCCCCUCUCUCCCUCACACUGGACCCCCCUCUCUCCCUCACACUGGACCCCCUCUCUCCCUCACACUGGAACCCCCCUCUCUCCCUCACACUGGACCCCCCUCUCUCCCUCACACUGGACCCCCCUCUCUCCCUCACACUGGACCCCCUCUCUCCCUCACACUGGACCCCCCUCUCUCCCUCACACUCGGACCCCCUCUCUCCCUCACACUCGAACCCCCCUCUCUCCCUCACACUGGAACCCCCCUCUCUCCCUCACACUGGACCCCCCCUCUCCCUCACACUGGACCCCCUCUCUCCCUCACACCGGACCCCCCUCUCCCUCACACUGGACCCCCCUCUCUUCCUCACACUGGACCCCCCCUCUCCCUCACACUGGACCCCCCUCUCCCUCACAGCGGCCCUGUCUCGCCCUCACAGCGGCCCUGUCUCGCCCUCUCCCUGGGAGCGGCUCUGCACGGCUCUGCACGGCUCUGCACGGCUCUGCACAGGGACAGCGCAGACAUGGCAGCUCUCACAUCUCUCACUCAGGUACCGCUCUUCUCCUCCUCUCUCAGGCUCCAGGCCGUAGACCCCCAGCUCUGGCUCUGCUCGCCCCUUCCUACACCCUCAAACCCAGGACCAGGACCGGGACUGAGCAGCUCCUGCCCCGGGCCUGCACGCACCGUUAUCUCCGCUAG